AUGAAUUUCGAAUUCAUCGAUAACAACGGCACGAUUGACAGGGCCUUGAGGAAGCAGAUUCGCAGCCAUGUGGCCAAGGGACGGAACGCAGGCAAGAAAGUCAACAGGCCCUCGAGGAGAAACUUGCAGCGGCCGAGCAAGACAAUCACAACGGAGACACAAAGCACAAGAAUCCAGACUGUACUUACUCAACCACAGACACGGCCCAGCACAUCGAGCCUCCCUCUGGUAACCCUGCCUUGGUAUCCGGGUCACUGGGAACACGAUGCCAACGCUGCAAAAGGAAGCGUUCCUCUGAUUCUCAGGGCCAUUUCUUUCUUCUCCGAAAUGCGGCACCCGCGCGAGCUGGACAGCGCGCUCGACUAUGUCACUGAGUCUCAUACAAUAUGGGUCCAGCCCAUGUUCGUGGAUGAAGCCUAUUUCCAUGGAGCCAUGGCGGUAUUCAUGGCCGCUUUCCCCAACCUUCUGGCGCCCACUGUUAGCAGCGUUGAUAAGGACAGCUUGACCGCUCGAGUUCGCCACAACUGUCUCGCGCUUCGCAUGAUCAAUUCCCGCCUUUCUGGACGGGACGCCUUCACCGAUGAGACCCUGAUCGUCGUGCUCGUCUUGGGGCUGUAUGAACGCUACCAAGGCGAGUACCACCGCGGUCUGGUGCAUCUCAACGGUGUGCAGCGGAUACUUGAAUUGCGCGGCGGCCUCCGCAGCUUGGUCAAAACAAGACCAGACUUGGCUCGCAAGAUCUUUAGGUAA